UCCAACACGUGGCUCAGCGUCAGACUGGUUCUUCCGGCCGCCUCCGCGCCAUGGCGCAUUUCUCUCGCUGGGCUCCGGUGGCCGGUGGAAUAUUGGCCUCGCUCCCGAUCAGUGAUGCGCUGAAGGGGCGAAAGAGUCUGAGGCGACGGAACGAGAUGAAGCACAACACAUUUUGCCUUUUUCACUCGGGGAGUGUUGCGAUUCUGCACCACCAAAGAAGUUUCUGCCUUUUUUUGUGAGGUAUAUGUCCGCAUGGGAAGAGAAACAAGAGAACAUGGCAUCAACUGGUUGGUUGAGGAGUUUGUUCAGUCUUUCAAUUGAUCUUCAGGUUCUACGUGUCUUCACUGUUUCAGUGACUGAAGAGACACCACUUGCACUUCUUGAGCUGUUAGAGAUGGGACAAGUCGGUCUCAAAGACGGGGGCAGGAGAAGCACCUCUCAACUGACGGUUCCCGACACCAAAAACUACACCUCUCAACACCCAAACUAACACCUCUUCCUCCCCACGUGCGAAAGCUCGCUCGCUCGCUCGCUCCAAGUCAGGGACCCCAGCCGAGCCGCCGCCACCCCGGCUGGCUUAGCCAAGCCGCCAGCUUCGCCCAGGUGCGAGGCGAAGCAGAGUCUUCCGGUGGUGGUGCUUGGGGGAGGUGUGAUGGGCCUCUCAACGGCCUGGAGCUUGUGUCGCAGAGGUGUGAAGGUGGAGCUCUUGGAUGCCAACCAUUCUGAGAAGGGCAGCUGGGGCGAGACGCGCAUCGCGCGCGUCAGCUACGCAGACCCGGUGAUGCUGCGCCUGGCGCGGCGCUCCUACGAGCUUUACGAGGAGCUUAAGAAGGAGCAUCGGGAGCCGCUGAUGUGCCCCACGGGCUGCCUGGACGUGGGUUUCGACCGCCGGAGCCUGGAUGGCCUGGCAAAGACCUAUGAAGAGCUGGGUCAAAGCUAUGAACGCCUCAGCCAUCGCCAGGUUGCAGAGCGAUGGCCCAUGCUCCGCCUUUCUGAUGACUAUGUGGAGGCCUCGGUUUUUUUGCCCUGCGGGAGAUGCAGUCCUUGCCAGUGUGGUGUUGGAAGCAUUGAAGGAGCAAGUUCAGCAACUCGGAGGUCCUGCUGCAUACGUCGAGUCGCCGGUGGUCAGCAUUGACCGUGCAAAGAAGACGGUCACCACAGAGGAUGGGAAGACGAUCGCUUACUCGAAGUUGGUCCUCGCAGGUGGCAUUUGGAGCAAUCAGAUCUUAAGCUUGAUGGGUCUUCCGUUGUUGCCUUUGGUGACCAGCGUCGAGCAACAAACGUACUACGCUACUCCGGAAGGGACAGAGGAGCUCUUUAGUGCUGGCAAGCUACCAGUGGUCCUUGAGCACAACCCUUCACCAGAGCCGGAGAUGAAGCGCAGAGGAGGUUACAUGAUCCCUCAUGUGUCGAAUGGUGUGGAUGGCGUCAAGUUUGGCAUGCAUCGGCAAGGCCCACUGAUGGAUCAUGAGGACUUCCCCAUGGUGCCGGGCGCCUUUGCCGCGGCGCAGCGCUACUUUGCCUGCGCUGGCACACGUGCGGAGCGCCUCUGGUCCCAAAGGUGGCCAGAGGAGGAGGAUUCUCAUCUCCGAGAGGAGACGGACGCUUUUGCGCGACGGAUCUUGCCAGAUCUGAGCAUCGAAAAGUCCGAGCUCACCAUGCGAUGCCCCUAUGAUCAACACCUCUACGCUGAUGAGGACUUUGUGGUCGGAGUGCAUCCCGAAGAUCCAGACAUUAUUGUGGUCUGCGGCUUUGCGGGCGAAGGCUUCAAGUUUGGUCCGGCCAUCGGCGAGAUGGCGGCCACCUUGGUGACGGGCGGCAGCUUCGCGGUGCCUGAGAGCGUGCAGCGCUUCCGGCUGAACCGGCCGAGCUUGCUCUUGCUCUCGUGAUGCGAUUGCGGGGUGGUUGAGGGAGGGGGCGCUUUACUCUUGGUUUCGAUAGGCGAGGAGCAUGACAGCCAAACGGCUGGCCUGUGGUCCUACCACCAAUCUCUUAUAUAUAUGCAGAUUGCUUUUAUAAAUUUUGCCCAUGCUUCACCGAGGAGAAGGUUGUUCUCCUCGGUGAAGGAUGGAGGCUGCAAAAGCCAGCCUUAGCCAGAAGAGGGCAGUGCCCUUCGUCUUGGG